AUGUUGCUCGGAUCACCAUUCUUGGCCUGGUAUGUUUUUAAUGUUAAAUCCUUGUGCGUCGUUGGACGAGAAGAAGUGCAGCAAGCGAUGACUGCACCCGAGGGCGUGUCCACCCACUCUCUGACGGGGCCCGGCGCGGCUAGUGACGCUACUCCACCAGCACAAACACCGAUCACCACUCCCGCUUCCACUCCUGCCACCACUCCCGCCACAACCACAGCUACCACCCCUGCCACAUCGACCACAGAAAUACCCAAGGAUAAGGAAUAG